AUGGCUGGCGACGCUCGUAGAAACAUAGUUUUGACAAGUUUUGGUUACGCAGAGGGAGGAACUUUUGACCUGGUUUUAGUAAACUUUACCGUUCCUGAAUCAAUUCUGGACAAAGUAGACUCGAGAGAAAAUGCAGAUAAGUCGGGUGUCAUCGGCUUUUCUCUAUCUCGUGGGGAUUCCAUUGCAGCUGGUGUUGGAUCGAAUCCGCAUGUUUGCCAACUGCAGCAAACAGAUCAGGGUUUUGACGCAUUGUUUUUCUUCGCCGAUUUGCCUCAAAAUCGUCUUCGGGUAUUCCGAUCAGGAGCUGGGAAACAGAUACACCUUUGUUCCUCCCAUGAUGAAUGCGCUAAAGAUGCCAGCCAGGAUCGGUCAUCUAUGAGCGAGGAUACCACUGCAACUACAACACUAAAUGCCCGAAAUCGUCGUGAUGGUGAAGGUUGGUUGGACAAGUUCAAACGAAUUUUUUCCGGCGGUGACUCCGGGAAACCGUAUGAAGACUUUGUCCCUCUAGUGAAAAAAGACUUGCUAUAUUCGACGAAUAUCUCUAUACGUUUUCCCUACGCACUUCGCGGAAAAUAUCAUUUCAUUUAUCAUAACUGCUUCAACUACCGCGCUCAUGGUUACAGUGACCGUGUUGCUGUGGACUUUACUAUUUGGAUUGUGGAACGCAAUAUUGGUUCAUUUCUUUCCGCUGGAGACAUUCCCAAACCCCAGCUUUUUCUCUAUGUGUCUCUGGCCUUUGUCCUCUCAGCGGCUCUCUGGUGUAGGCUUCUUUGCCUUUCCAGGUCAGAAUGA